UUGCCCGCCUCUCCCGUCGCUCUGCGCGCAUCGCUCCCUCUGCGCUCUCGCGGCAUCCAAGCGGCGUGGCGGCGCUGCGCGCUGGAAGCGGGACUCCCCGCGUGUCGUCCUCUCCGCAAAUUACAUUUUGUGUGCCGGUUGUAGUCUUUGUUUUUGUAUUACUGGCGGGUUGGAGGAGGAGGUGAGACGAGGUUGGGGGAGGGGAGUAAAGCGCUGCGUUGCUUUUUUUUAGUUUUCUUUAGGCGCGGGCGAAAGCGGAGGUCGCGGGGAGACGCGGAGAGACGUGGAGUGGUGGUCAAAUCGACUCCGUCGACACAGAGCGAGACGAGCAGAGAGACAGGCGGACGGGGAGAUAGGCGGAUGGGCGGAUAGGCGGCUCACGGACACUUGUAGGCACACAGGGAGCUAGGACAAGAAUACAGACAGGACAGAUAGGUAGGACAAGCGAAUUGACAUUCCGACGGAUGAAUGGAAGAAGAGACGGACAGACAAUAACAAUUUGACACAAUACGACGUUGACAAUUUGUAACAUCGUCAAUGCAUCGAUACACGUGCAUACGACGGACACACGCUGUGAGUGUACAUACCUAAGCGUUUGCCAACUGGACACACAGCCAGAUGUACGCACACACACACGGACAACACUCGCAAUUCGGACGAUGCACGUGCGCAUCGGAGGACUCGACAGGUAAUCUAGCGCUUUGACAGAUGGACAGACGCCAGACACGCGAGACACUUCAAACCGGAGCAAGGCCACACACGCGAGGUGCAAACGAAUAUUAAUUAGUUCAGCCCAUAAAGAAGAGGACGCUUUCGUCUGGUCGCGGGGACAGGGCAAUUCGCAGCACACCUGCUCCUUCACACCGUACGUGCAUACGCACAUACACACACACACGCACACACACACGCACACACACACGCACACACGCACACACACGCGCACACGCGGGGGUGGGCAUCGGUCCUACCAGCUGCCUCUCGACAACUUGAGCGUGAGACGACGAGCAGAGACGAUAACGAUCCAAGGGGGAGGAGGAGGAGGAGGCGGGAGGAGGACCAACGACCCCCUCCCAGAGACCCCGAUGCCAGCUCUACCCCAGCAGCAGCAGCAGCAGCGGGGCAGCCAAGGCCCCCCACUCCUCUCGUCGGGCGUGGCCAAGGGGGAACGCAGUGGGGCACGGGGGGCCCCCAACUCGCGUUUCGCCUCGGGGCCCGUGGAGGCCAAGCCCGCCACGGUGGCCGCGGCGGCUGCGGCCGCGGCGUCAAUCACGGCCACGACCAAGAUCUCCGACUCACGCCCCGUCUUCGUGAACCUGCGCCGCAAGUGGCUCGUGACGGCCGCCGUCGGGGUGGUGAUGGUGCUCGUGCUGCUCAUCGCCAUCCCCGUGCUCGUCUACUCGAAGCACUCGGCCGCCGCGCACGAGAUGCUGGGCACGUGCCGCACGGUGUGCGACCCCCACGCCGCCGCCGCCGCCGGCGCCGCCGCCCGGCCCAGGGACGCGGCGGAACGGGGCCACGCGCUCACGACCCCCACGCUGCAGAUGUCGGGGCCGCGCGGGGAGCAGGGCCGCGUGGGCAAAACGGGGCCGCGCGGACCCCAGGGCGAGCCGGGUCCUCCCGGCCCUCGGGGUCCGCAGGGCGAGCGAGGGGUGGCGGGCCCUCCCGGCGCGCUGCUGUCUGGCUCGGGUGCCGUGAGCGUGCCCACCUACUACUCGGCGCCCAAGAUCGCGUUCUACGCGGGGCUGCGCAACCCGCACGAGGGCUACGAGGUGCUGCGCUUCGACGACGUCGUCACCAACCUGGGCAACCACUACGACCCGGGCAGCGGCAAGUUCACGUGCUCCAUCUCGGGGACGUACUUCUUCACCUACCACGUGCUCAUGCGAGGAGGGGACGGCACCAGCAUGUGGGCCGAUCUGUGCAAGAACGGGCAGGUGCGUGCGAGCUCCAUCGCGCAGGACGCCGACCAGAACUACGACUACGCCAGCAACUCGGUGAUCCUGCACCUGGACGCGGGCGACGAGGUCUACGUGAAGCUGGACGGCGGCAAGGCGCACGGGGGCAACACCAACAAGUACUCAACCUUCGCUGGCUUCAUCGUCUACGCCGACUGACCGCGGAGCGGGCGGGCGAGCGGGCGGCUACUCCGGCGAAUGUGCGCUCGUGUGUGUGUGGUGAUGAUGAUGAUGUGUGUGGUGGUGAUGAUGUGUGGUGAUGAUGAUUUGUGUGGUGGUGGUGGUGAUGUGUGUGUGUGUGAAAGAGCGCGAGAUCGUGUGUGUGUGGUGGUGAUUAUGAUGAUGUGUGUGUGGUGGUGAUGAUGAUGUGUGUGGUGGUGGUGAUGUGUGUGUGUGAAAGAGCGCGAGAUCGUGUGUGUGUCGUCGUGAUGAUGAUUAUGUGUGUGGUGAUGAUGAUGUGUGUGGUGGUGGUGAUGUGUGCGUGUGUGUGUGAGAGAGCGCGAGAUCGUGUGUGUGUGGUGGUGAUGUGUGUGUGUGGGGUGAUGGGGGAGCAGUCGUGUAGUGAUCAGCGCACUCUCGCUACGAAACCCAGCGAACCGAGUUCGAUUCCCGCUCACGGCCACUAACACCGGCGACGAUUAUGUGAACCGGUUCUGGGCCUCCCCUAGGUUGACUCAGCCUCAAACGAGUACGUGGUUCGGUGUGUAAAACAUCGCCACUGGGGAGACAAAUGCGGCCGGGAGUGUUGCUGGCCAACCACCCCCUCGUGUGCGGUGCCGGCCUUCAUAGGUGCUCGCUAGCAGCACUUGCCCCUACAGUCUGUUAAGGCUAUACGGGGGAUCUUUGUCUAUGUGGUGGUGAUGAUGAGGAUAUGUGUGGAUGUGUGUUUGGGGGGGGGCAUAGGAGACCGGUAGUGUAGUGGUGAGCGCACUCACACUACGAAAUCCGGCGACCCGAGUUUGAAUCCCGCUCACGGCCGAACCCGGUAUCGAUUAUCUGAAACGGUCCUGGCUCUCCCCCAGGUCGACUGGGCCUCAAAUGAGUGCCUGAUGUGUAAAUAUCGUCGCUCGGGAGACAAAGGCGGCCGUGGGUGGGUCUGGCUACAGCACCCCCUCUUGGGCCGUGCCGGAUUUUCAUCGGUCGUGCUCGCUAACAGCACUUGCCCCAAAAGUAUGUAAAGGCUAUACGGGUGAACUUUGUCUUGGUACCUGGCACAUGUGCCGUGGCAAAAGGCGGUUGUUCGCUGAUAUCGUGUCUCUUUAGAUGUGACAGAAUGUGAAUAUGUUGUGAGUGCGUGAGGCGGUGAGUGUGUGUGAGUGUGUGUGAGUCAGUGUGUGUGAGUGUGUGUGUGAGUAUGUGUGUGUGUACGUGUGUGUGAGUGAGUGAGUGUGUGAGUGUGAGUAAGUGUGUGUGAGUGUGAGUGAGUGUGUGAGUGAGUGUGUGAGUGAGUGUGAGCAAGUGUGUGUGAGUGUGAGUGAGUGUGUGAGUGAGUGUUAGUGAGUGUGUGUGAGUGAGUGAGUGUGUGAGUGUGAGUAAGUGUGUGUGAAUGUGAGUGAGUGUGUGUGUGAGUGUGAGUAAGUGUGUGUGAGUGAGUGUGUGUGUGAGUGUGAGUAAGUGUGUGUGAGUGUGAGUGAGUGUGUGAGUGAGUGUGAGUAAGUGUGUGUGAGUGUGAGUGAGUGUGUGAGUGAGUGUUAGUGAGUGUGUGUGAGUGAGUGUGAGUGUGUCUCGUGGGGAGCGGGAGUGUAGCGGUCAGCGCGCUGCGCUACGAACCCCGGCGACCCGAGUUCGCUUUCCGCUCACGUCCAACACCGGUGACGAUUAUCUGACCGGGUCCUGGGCCUUGCCUAGGUCGA